AUGCCGAUGGUGCUGCCCUUCCUGAUCCCAGUGACAAGCCUGUUGGAAGCAUCCCUGAUCCCGAGAUCCCUGAGCCUGAUGGCACAGUCAUCUGCAGUCCUUCACCCCCUCCCAUACCUGGCCCUAACUGGGGAUGUACCGGUCCUGGUACUCCUACUGAUCCCGAUAACGCCUCUAUCGGCGCUCCCCAGGUCCCUGAACCCGAUGGUGCAGCCACCGAUAGUCUUUCACUCCCUUGCUGAGAAUAUGCCAACUGAGAAUAUGCCGAUGGUGCUGCCCUUCCUGAUCCCAGUAACACGUCUGUUGGAAGCACCCCCGAUUCCGAGAUCCCUGAGCCUGAUGGCGCAGCCACUUGCAGUCCUACAACCCCUCCCAUACCUGGCCCUAACGGGAGAUGUACCGGUCCUGGUACUCCUACUGAUCCCGAUAAUGCCUCUAUCGGCGGUCCCCAUGUCCCUGGACCUGAUGGUGCAGCCACCGGUAAUCUUUCACUCCCUUGCAUUCCUGACUCUGACUGAGAAUAUGCCCAUGGUGCUGCCCUUCCUGAUCCCAGUGACAAGUCUGUUGGAGGCACCCCCAAUCCCGAGAUCCCUGAGCCUGAUGGCGCAGCCACCUGCAGUCCUUCAGCCCCUCCCAUAUCUGGUCCUAACGGGGGUUGUACCGGUCCUGGUACUCCAACUGAUCCCCAUAACGCCUCUAUCGGCGGUUCCCAGGUACCCGAACCUGAUGGUGCAGCCACCGGUAGUCUUUCACUCUCUUGCAUUCCUGACUCUGACUGAGAAUAUGGCCAUGGUGCUGCCCUUCCUGAUCCCAGUGACAAGUCUGUUGGAGGCACCCCCGAUCCCGAGAUCCCUGAGCCUGAUGGCGCAGCCACCUGCAGUCCUUCAGCCCCUCCCAUAUCUGGUCCUAACGGGGGUUGUACCGGUCCUGGUACUCCAACUGAUCCCCAUAACGCCUCUAUCGGCGGUUCCCAGGUACCCGAACCUGAUGGUGCAGCCACCGGUAGUCUUUCACUCUAUUGCAUUCCUGACUCUGACUGAGAAUAUGGCCAUGGUACUGCCCUUCCUGAUCCCAGUGAUAAGUCUGUUGGAGGCACCCCCGAUCCCGAGAUCCCUGAGCCUGAUGGCGCAGCCACCUGCAGUCCUUCAGCCCCUCCCAUAUCUGGUCCUAACGGGGGUUGUACCGGUCCUGGUACUCCAACUGAUCCCCAUAACGCCUCUAUCGGCGGUUCCCAGGUACCCGAACCUGAUGGUGCAGCCACCGGUAGUCUUUCACUCUCUUGCAUUCCUGACUCUGACUGAGAAUAUGGCCAUGGUGCUGCCCUUCCUGAUCCCAGUGACAAGUCUGUUGGAGGCACCCCCGAUCCCGAGAUCCCCGAGCCUGACGGUGCAGUCACCGGCAGUCCUUCAGUCCAUCCCAUUCCUGGCCCUGGCAAGGGAUGUACCGGCGCUGGUGCUCCUUCUGAUCCCCAUAACGCCUCUAUCGGCGGUCCCCAGGUCCCUGAACCUGAUGGUGCAGCCACCGGUAGCCUUUCACUCCCUUGCAUCCCUGGCUCUAACAGGGAAUAUGGUGUUGCCCUUCCUGAUCCCGGUGACAAGUCUGUCGGAGACGCCUCCCAUCCCGAGUCCCCUGAGCCUAAUGGCACAGCUACCUGCAGCCCUUCAGCCCUUCCCACAUCUGGUCCUAACGGGGGAUGUACCGGUCCUGGUACUCCUACUGAUCCCGGUAACGCCUCUAUCGGCGGCCCCCAGGUCCCUGAACCUGAUGGCGCAGUCACCGGUAGUCUUUCACUCCCUUGCAUCCCUGAUUCUAACAGAGAAUAUGGUGUUGCUCUUCCUGAUCCCGGUGACAAGUCUGUCGGAGACGCCUCCCAUCCCGAGGCCCCUGAGCCUAAUGGCACAGCCACCUGCAGCCCUUCAGCCCUUCCCACACCUGGCCCUAACGGGGGAUGUACUGGUCCUGGUACUCCUACUGAUCCCGACAGCGCCUCUAUCGGCGCUCCCCAGUUCCCUGAACCUGAUGGCGCAGCCACCGGUAGUCUUUCACUCCCUUGCAUCCCUGAUUCUAACAGAGAAUAUGGUGUCGCCCUUCCUGAUCCCGGUGACAAGUCUGUCGGAGACGCCUCCCAUCCCGAAGCCCCUGAGCCUAAUGGCACAGCCACCUGCAGCCCUUCAGCCCUUCCCACACCUGGCCCUAACGGGGGAUGUACCGGUCCUGGUACUCCUACUGAUCCCGAUAACGCCUCUAUCGACGUCCCCCAGGUCCCUGAAUCUGAUGGUGCAGCCACCGGUAGUCUUUCACUCCCUCGCAUUCCUGACUCUAAUUGAGAAUAUGCCGAUAGUGCUGCCCUUCCUGAUCCCAGUGACAAGUCUGUUGGAGGGACCCCCGAUCCCGAGAUCCCUGAGCCUGAUGGCGCAGCCACCGACAGUCCUUCAGUCCAUCCCAUUUCUGGCCCUAACGGGAGAUGUACCGGUCCUGGUACUCCUACUGAUCCCGAUAACGCCUCUAUCGACGUUCCCCAGGUCCCUGAAUCUGAUGGUGCAGCCACCGGUAGUCUUUCACUCCCUUGCAUUCCUGACUCUAACUGAGAAUAUGCCGAUGGUGCUGCCCUUCCUGAUCCCAGUGACAAGUUUGUUGGAGGCACCCCCGAUCCCGAAAUCCCUGAGCCUGAUGGCGCAGCCACCGGCAGUCCUUCAGUCCAUCCCAUUCCUGGCUCUGACAAGGGAUGUACCGGCGCUGGUAUUCUUAAUGAUCCCGGUGAACCAAACCUGCAAUCAAGCCUCUUAA